AUAUGUACAUAUGUAUAUGGGUAGCAAAAGAAAAGAACACAAAUUUUGCCGAGAAGACGCAGUUAAAAAAGUGUUAGCAAGUGAGAAACAACAUUCGUGAAUUUCGUGAUUAAAAACAUUUCAAAAGGUGUACAACAAAAGCUCAUUUAAUAUAAAAAUAAAAGAACACAAGCGAAAUAUACAAAAUAUAAUAUCGCUGAGCGCCAACAACAAAACGUGGCACUAACUAAAAACACAAAAAAAGCUCAACGAAAACGAGAGCGAAUGCGCGCGUGCGAGUGAGAUAGCCGAUAAGCAGAGACAUUUAGAGAGAGCCAAGAGCGACAACAACAAAACACAAGCGCAAGCACGAGCCAAAAGCCAAUUGCGCACGGAACGUAGAACGAAGAGAACUAACGGAACUAUAGAAGCGCAGCACGGAUAACAGUUAACAGGGCAAUCCCAAAAUGGUAAACAAGGUAAAUGGCAAGAAGGCGGACAAGGACAAGGAGAGGCAGCAAGAGGCAAUGUUGCCGGCGGCGGGCAAGAACAGCAGCAACAUCGAAAACAGCAGCGACCUUAGCAACAUCAACAACAAAGCGGUACACAAACCAGCAGCAAACAAGGGCCAAAACGCAAAGCCCAACAAUAACAGCAAUAACAACAGCGGCAACAACAAAAAGAAUGCAGGCAAAGGACAUCAGCCGCAGCAACAGCAACGCAGCGGCAAAAAAGCGAAGCCACAACGCCAACAGAUAUUUCUGCAGUCGCUGCCACGCGACAGCAGCAACUACAGAACCAACAGCUACAGGAGCAGCAUCGACAUAAACAGCCUCAGCACCAACAGCACCAAUAGCAGCAGCAACCUCUUGGACACACCGGCAACAUUGGACAGUGGUGUGGGAAAAAUGAAUCCCGCUGAGCUGUUGACAGCCGCCUUGGCCGUCCCCUGUGCCAAAUGCUCCAAGCCAUCGAUGAUCUCCGGCCUGACCACCGCCGUAACUGCCUCCACAGUCUCCUCCGCCUCAUCCGCGUCCACCUCCUCCGCUUCUGCCUCCUUCUCGUCGUCGUCAACCAGUUCCGGAUCGGAGACCGCCAGCAAUCACAGCGAUCUCCACUACCCGGAGCCGACUGUCUACGCCGCCAAGCAGUAUCGCAAGUCCAAGUCCUACAUGGGCGUAUCCCAGUACAACAGCUCACAAAGCGGACAUCAGGCGGGUCGGGGGCCCAAUACCGCUGGCGGUGGUAAUGGCAACCACGCGACCUACAGACGCUCCCACAGCGACCGACGCAACUCGUUCGAUCGCACCUUCGCCGAAAGGAAUCGCGACUUUGUGCCCAUCGUCCCUCCGCCGCGUCCGGUUCUGUCCUCCUCCAACAUAGCCGGAGUCAUGGCCAGUACCACCAAGCUGACGAUCAUAGAGCGGUUCGGCAAAGGACGUGUCGCGUAUCCCAUAAUGCAGGUGAGUCCAGAACGGAUAGCACAGAUAUUGUGUAGAAGUAUGUAA